AUGCUACAGCAAGCUCACAGGCUGUUUAAACAUGGCCAAGAGGGCGACGGGUUCCCAGUGAAGCGCAUGGCCCACGAGUCCCCCUCCCUCCCAUCCUCCGCUCACUGCGAAGCGUCUCUGUUCUCUUGCGCUCUCACUCAUGACGUAUUUACUGACAGCACUGUGAGAGUUUUCACACAAGUCCUCCAGCAGCUCGGCCGGGUCUUCCUGCUAGAGUUGAGAAAUGGUUCAGAUACAGGCUUUGAGGCAGCUUCAAGUGCAUGUGAAGAUCAAGGUGCUCGGAUGGCAUCAGCAAUGGAGCUUCGUCAUGCUGUCGUUGAGUGUGCAUUUUCUGCCUGUGCACGUGGUUGGCUUACUGGCCCCAGCAUUGGGACAACAGUGUGCAGGAGCAUGUCUGGAAGCUUACGGGCAGUGGACAUGCAGGUCGAGAAUGUGACUGAGACGUAUGAGAGGCUGGCUGUGUUCUGUGUGAAAGACAGUGGGGCUCCUUGCGGAGGUCCACCUUCAUUUCCUAAUACGCGUCUGCAGGGACAGACAGGCCUGGAGCUGGGUGACGAGAUUCUGUAUACUUGCAAUCCAGGAUACAUUCUGCCCACUGGAGAAACAGCUUUCAGUCUGUUGUGUGACAGCUGUGGAGAGUGGUAUGGCCUGGUGCAGCUCUGUAUGAAAGAUAAAGCCGAAGCUUUCAUUGACUAUGAAGACAAGCUCCCAGACAACCAUCAUCUCUAUGAUGGCCGGGAGGAGGUGCAUCGUGUGAGUAUGAUGCCUAGACCUACUGAUCAUGGAGAGGAAGAAGAAUCUACACCUGAACCAGAUCAUUUAGAGCCAGUUGUGGUAGUGGAAGCAAUGGACAAGAUUGAGAAAAACUCUGCAGUGUCUGUAACAGAGCCGCCGGUAUCUCAACUCAGCCAGAAACACAUGUUCUGGUUUCCCUCAGAGGCUUUUCAGAAAGAGGAGCAUCCUUUCAUCACGGCAGGCACACCUAUUAAAGACCCCACCGAAGAUAAGCAUUACAUCUCAGUCAAGGCUGGCGAUGACCAGUCUGAGCCGGAGAUAACUACAGAGGCUCAUGAUGGUGGAUAUAUGACCCAGACGCCAACUGAUAAACCUGCCAGUCACAGUGUAGACAGUACAGUAGAGUCAUGGCUCGAUGGUUAUCCUGUUCCCCAGGAGGAGGAGAGAGCAGGUGGAGAGUCUACAGUGGAGACAGUACCAGGGCAGGGGGUGGAUAUGGAGAGUGCAACAGACAGUUUAAAAGAUUCUAAAAGUGUGACUGACAUCCCAAAAGAGACAGGUUUAGGAGGUGUUGUCCACAGCCACCAAGAGGAACCAAUUGAAGGUGUUUCUGAGAUACCUAAGGAGCAAGAAUUUAGUAAAGUGAUGAAUCAUCAGGAUGUGGGGGUAAAGAAUGUAACGGAAAGCCUUGGAGAAAAGAGUUACAGAGAAGUGUUUUACAACCAAGAGGAAGAUUUUCACAGUGUGACUGAUAUGCCUCAAGCAGAGGUUUCUGAGGUAGUGCCUAUUCUUUCAGAAGGAAGAUAUCUUAUUACAGGGGCACCAACAGUGAAGGAGGUGGAAGGAGAAGUCAAGACACCAGUGGAGGUGGAACAUAAGAAAGUAGAUGAUGGAUCUAAAGACGUACAAUUCCAUGGUAUAAUUGAAGGAGCAAAUGACGUUGGAUUGAGCCCCACACCUUUAAUCAGCCACACUCAGAUCACAGUUGGCCUAGAUGAGACAACUCUCAAAAACACACCCAGAACUGCUCCCGAGAAUGUCAGCACCAGCCAAGAGGGUAUAGGUUUUGAACAAACUACCACACAUUCAAGCAUGGCACCAACAGACACCACAACUGCUUCACCAGUGCAUGCCAUUAGCAAUGUGGCCACAGCCACAGUGAGUGUCUCUUGGGAAACCAAAGAUCUUGGCGAUUUUGUGGAUCAGACUCCCACUGUUGAUCAUGAUGUACUUGUAGAAACCCAUGAAAAUCAGAGUGUGAUGGAAGGAGAUAUGGAUCGUACCCUGGAUCAACCAGAAGACGAUGGCUCUUGCUCUAUACACCCCUGCCACUUAGCUGGCCAUGGGCCAACUAUCGCUGCUAUCAUUGUUGGCAUUCUAGCAGCGAUUGUGGGUGUGGCCUUGGGUGUAUGGUGUUACAAAAGAAGGCAACAGAAGACCUCUCACUAUCAGCUGAAUGGAACUAACAGACAAACACAGUGCAUCGAACUCCAGCAGACUGUGUAACCUAAAAUGCAUGGCUUACAU